AUGCCAGGACUGACAAUGACCAGUCUUCUCCAAUCACGAUGGGCGCCUCGUGCAGACGAGGCCAAGGCCAAGACCAAGACGCAGGCAUCACGAUCCUCGUCGCGGUCACGUAGCAAGAGCAAGAGCAGAAAUGCAAAUGUCCCGUCACCAGCGCAGGAACUCUCGCGCUUCAUGAAAAUUGCAGCCCGGAUCAAGUGGAAACUACCGUUUCUGGCGGAGGGGUACCGUCUUGCGACUCUCCGAACGGGCAGUGAUGCGGAUGUUGCGCAUGCGGAGAUUAUGUUCAAGAUUGAUUUUUUCGAGUACUAUGCACUCUUGGAGCGGGCUAUUGUACAUUUGCUUGGCGUUUUUGGUGUGACUGUCUCUGGUGGUGUUGAGGCGUCGUAUUGGUCUUCUAAUAGGGGGAGGAGGAAUGGGACUGGGUCCCCGGUGCCGACACAUCGGUAUCAUGCUAAUGUGCUGAGCGCGCUAGAGAGGGAGAGCUGUCCGUUGCAUUCUGUUUUGGGGACUGGGAAAGUAUACGAGCAGUUGAAGAAGGCAAAGGAGCUGCGGAAUCGGUGGAAGACUGCUGAUAUAUCGAAGGAGGAGGAGGAGGAGGAUGCGUCGUAUCGGCCGAGGAAUCGGGCUGUGAUACCGCUUGAACAUUAUGAUUUUGAGCAAAUUCUGUCGCAAAUCUUCACUGGGUUCGAGGAUGGGUGUACCCUGGCUCGGGAACAUGUGGCUAGUGUUGAGAGUGGGAAUGGUCAGGGCCAGUCGGGUGAUUCGGAGGCUAAUUGGGAUUUCAUUGUUGAUGCGAUGGAUUGGGAGGCUGUAUAA